AUGUUGCUCUGCGUCGCCUGUUCCGCGACGCUCGACUCAUCGACUUGCAGCGUCCCUUCCGACUCUGAGAAGGUCUUGCCUCCACAUCAUUUCGUCGAGUGCGGGCAUGCGGUGUGUGGUGCUUGUGUGGCGCAGAGACGCUCGUUGGCGAGCGUGAGUGCGAGCACUGAGACAUUUGUGUGGCGUCAGAAGGGACUGCAUGAACUGAAAGCUUGGUUUGAUUUGCGUGACAGGCUUGCAUCAUGUGCAGAACGACACAUGACAUAUUGACCGGCGGCUCCUCCUCCGGGUCCCGAUCCGCAAGGCAUCGUCGACCGGGAACCGACCCAACGAAACCCACGUCGUCUUCAACACCACCCAAGGCGACAGCUGAUGAUCGAGCACCCCCUUCUUACAAUGAGAGAGGCGACAAUGGCUUCACCCUUGGUGAGCUUUCCCAUGGUGAAGAUGCCACAUCCGACCGAGACGCGGCGCCCCCACCGAUCGACGACGACGAUUCGCACUCUCCCCCCACUUAUCACCAAGUGGCGGCGCCACCUGGUUUCGAGGGCGGGGUGAUCACCAACUCGGAUGGGAAUCAGACCAACGAAAAGGGGAUGCACGGCGAACAAUGCACUUUGCACUAUCUCAAACCGAACGACACUUUGCUGGGUUUAGCAUUGCAUUACAAAGUCGACGUGAGCCAUCGACCCGGAAUUUGCCUUCCGCGUCUCUGGACUAAAUUCUCUUACUCCGACGACCUUUUGGCCAGCCCCCAACCCUAGCCAAAAUGAACAAGCUCCCCAUCUCGACCUUAUCCACCACACCUCAACUCUUACACACCCUCCCCUUCCUAUUCCUACCUCCCUCCGUCACCUCGUCCUCGUCCUCCAAGCCGAUCCUCCCCGCCGCCGAAGAACGACGUCGUCUCAUCAUCCGUCGGUUCCAAAUGCAUACGCGGUGUUCCGACUGGGCCCUAGCCAAAGCUUACGUUGAUCAAGUGUACCAAGCACGCGCUCGAGAGCUAGAGAUGAUCGAUCCCGAUAGGAGGCCGGGAGGGGACAUGGAGGAAACGGUUCGGGGUGGGGAAUUGGAACAAGCGCUCGAAGCAUGGAAGAAGGAUGAGGAAUGGGAGAGGAGUCAAGUUGAAGCUUCAAAGAAGGGGAAGGGGAAGGGGAAGGCAGAGGUUACGAUCGGGAGUAGGAUGAAGAGUACGGGGCAGGUCGAGGCCAAGGUCAAGGGGUGGAGUUGGCCGAGGUGA